CCGGGGCGGAUCGGUUCCUGAGCUCUCCUUCGCCUGCGGGCCGGCACUGCUCACCCCUCGUCCAGGGACAUGACGGGCACGCCAGGCGCCGCUGCCACCCGGGAUAGCGAGGCCCCCGAGCGCUCCCCGCCCUGCAGUCCGAGCUUCGACUUCACGGGCAAGGUGAUGCUUCUGGGAGACUCAGGCGUCGGCAAAACAUGUUUCCUGAUCCGAUUCAAAGACGGGGCCUUCCUGUCCGGAACCUUCAUAGCCACCGUCGGCAUAGACUUCAGGAACAAGGUGGUGACCGUGGAUGGCGUAAGAGUGAAGCUGCAGAUCUGGGACACCGCUGGGCAGGAACGGUUCCGAAGCGUCACCCAUGCUUAUUACAGAGAUGCCCAGGCCUUGCUUCUGCUGUACGACAUCACCAACAAAUCUUCUUUCGACAGCAUCAGGGCCUGGCUCACUGAGAUUCAUGAGUAUGCCCAGAGGGACGUGGUGAUCAUGCUGCUAGGCAACAAGGCGGAUAUGAGCAGCGAAAGAGUGAUCCGUUCCGAAGACGGAGAGACCCUGGCCUAGGGUAAGACACUCUCUCCCGGGCAGGAGUACGGCGUUCCCUUCCUGGAGACCAGCGCCAAGACGGGCAUGAAUGUGGAGUUAGCCUUUCUGGCCAUCGCCAAGGAGCUGAAAUACCGGGCCGGGCAGCAGGCGAAUGAGCCCAGCUUCCAGAUCCGAGACUACGUGGAGUCCCAGAAGAAGCGCUCCAGCUGCUGCUCCUUCAUGUGAAUCCCAAGGGGCAGAGAGGAGGCUCUGGAGGCCCACGGGAUGCAGCCAUCUCCCCCAGGCCUGGCUUAUUCCGAGUGGCUGAGCCAAUGGGGAGAAAGAUGGAGGACCCAGUGCACAGCCUCUUCCUACUAGGGAGCUGUACUCCAGCUCCUACUUGAGUUCCUGCAGUCUCCCCACAUCCACGGGGAGGGUAAAACACUUAGCUUUUAUUUUAAUAGUACAUAAUUUAAUACCAAAAAAAAGGUACCUGGACGCCCAAAAAACCGAGGCUGGGACCUAGUGACCCUUUUACUUUCUAGGACUUGGGGGGCUGGCCCUCCCUCCUAAGCAUAACAAAGGUGGUGUUGCUCCAGCUCAGCCCCAGGGGACACAGAUGCACUUUGGGAGUGAGGGCAGGUAAUGACUCCAUCGCACCCUCAGUUCAGCUGGAGAGAGGCUGAGCUGACCCCAGCCUUCACUGUCUCCUGUUCUCCAGGAGCUUAUCUUCACCCCAUCCCCCAAAUAAGUGGGCCCUUGUGCUGUGAGGGAGACCAAAGCCUCAGGGAAGAUAAGAGAUAAGGAGAUGGGAGGUGGAGGACACGGGGCAGAGAGUAGGGUCAGGCUGGCUACCUCUGGCCUUACUAACACCCCCCUGGAGGCAUGCCCCUUUUCUCCAGCACACAAGCACAUUGGGGCACCUGGAAAUAUUGGUUCCAGGCUCCUGUUCUCUGGACCUCAGAUCCUGGGGGAGCCCCUCCCCACGGAAUCCCUGGCUUAGCUACCUUCCUGCCUGUGCACCUAAAAACCUCAGGUCAGAACUAGGAAAACAGUUUUGUUUUUUAUUUUUUUGAGACAGAGUCUCGCUCUGUUGCCCAGGCUGGGGUGCAGUGGUGCAAUCUCCGCUUACUGCAACCUCCACCCCCUGGGGCUCAAGCGAUCCUCCCACCUCAGCCCCCCAAGUAGCUGGUACUACAGGUGUGCACCACCACACCUGACUAAUUUUUGUAUUUUUUGUAGACACAGGGUUUCACCAUGUUACCCAGGCUGGUCUUAAACUCCUGAGCUCAAGCAACCUGCCGGCCUCGGCCUCCCAAAGUACUGGGAUUACAUGCAGGAGGCACCACGCCCAGCCGAGAUGUGUCUUAUCCCAAUCCUUUGGCAGGCACGCAGCUCCACAGGCAAUUUCUUCAAGCAGCUGAAGUGUUUAGCUCUCCGGGGUUAAGAGCCAGAUAAGGAGAAAUCCCUUUCCUAGGUUUGGAAUGUGUUGUGAAAAAGAGAGAAAUCCCUGGCUCCCAGAGCUGGUGGGAGACAAGAUUAAGCAAACCUCCCUCUAAGUGUAUCCCUUUGACCCCAAGCUCUGCCUCCUCCCUGACUACCCAUGCCCUUUCCUUUAACUUCACAAAUAGAUACCAGGGCCUAAACUGCUUUACCUCCCCACCUACUGAGUCAGGUUAGGGGGUGGGAGGUCACCCAUUUCCGAAUUAAACCAAUGCAAUGUGAGUAAAACAAGGUCAUGUAGGUAUGUCUGGGGUAGAGAGAGGGGUAGCAAGUUCAUGUGGCCUCCUUGGUCACAUGUCUCCCAAAGCUCUGACCCCUGCCAUUGGAAGUGGACAGAAAACAUGAGGUCAUGACCUGCAGGCACCUUUACUGCAGCUCUGCAGGCCUGGGUGAGGAUGGGGGAAAGGAAGAAGUAUGCGCUGCACAUUUCUGAGCCUACUGCAUUUGCUUUCAAGGCAGAAAUCUUGCUCUGAGCAGUCAGUGGCUCCAGUUUGGGCCCGAUAAGGAAGUUCUCCGUGGCCUUUCCCAGGCAGAGCAGGGAGGAGGCUGACAUUGCCAGUCUCUUCUGGGGCCCAAGGCAGGUUGCAGGAGAUACAAUCCCGUAGACAGCUCUGGGCCUCUUGCAUUUGAGUUUUUCAGAAUUAAACUGCAGUAUUUUGGAAAGCA